GCCGUCGGUGCCGGCGGAGGAAGAUGGCGGCGGGGCGCUGAGAGGACGGGACCGGGCUGCUCCGCACCGUACCGCACCGCGAGAGCCAGAACCGCCGCUCUGCGCUCCGGGACCGGCUGCGCCGCCCCGGUGACGGACCCCCCACCCCAUGGCCGCGGGGCCGGCCCAGGAGCCGCGUCUCCGCUGGGCCUGCUCGGGCCGCGCCGCUACCGGGCCCCGCCGAGGCGGCGGCCCCCUGAGUCCCGACACCUGGCCCGGGCCCCGUUAGGCCUGACCCACCCGCCGCUCGGGAGUCCUCUGCGCGCAGGAGGCCGGGCCGGGUCCGGGGAGGCCGCCCCUGAGGAGAGCGGGACCGGGACAGCCCCUGCCCGGCGGCCGGCGCCCAACGGCUCCCGGUGCGGGGCUUCUCCCCGGGCCCUCGGAGGCAGCGCUUGACCCUCACACCCCUCCGGAGCGGCCGCCCGGCUCCAAGUCCGCUCAGCGGGGGGAGGAACGGCUCCUCCUGCCCAGGUCAGCGCCGCCGGAGCCCUUCGGCUGCCGGCCGCGGCCUCAGGAUGUCUGAGAACCAGCCCAACGCCAACAACCACCACCCGGCCCACAACAACGGCGGCGGGGGGGGUGCCGGGGGCAACAACCGCGGCGUCCGCAAUCCCAACCUCAACCAGAACCCCUUGAUCAACGUGCGCGACCGCCUCUUCCACGCGCUCUUCUUCAAGAUGGCAGUGACCUACGCUCGCCUCUUCCCACCCUCCUUCCGACGGGUCUUCGAGUUCUUCGUCCUCCUCAAGGCUCUCUUCGUGCUCUUCAUCCUGGCUUACAUCCACAUCGCCUUCUCCCGCUCGCCCAUCAACUGCCUGGAGCACGUGCGAGACAAAUGGCCACGCGACGGCAUCCUGCGGGUGGAAAUCCAGCGCAACUCCAGCCGAGCCCCCAUCUUCCUGCAGUUCUGUGGCGUUGAGAAGUUCCCAGGAAUGGUAGUUGAAUCCACAGCUGAGGAAGAGGAGGAGGAAGAGGAGGAGAUGACUGUGGAUAUGUUUGAAAACAGCUCUAUCAAGUUUGAGCUGGAUAUUGAGCCCAAGGUGUUCCUCAAGCCGUCCCUGGUGAGCAGCACCGAGGCACUGACCCACAACGAAAGCCAGGAGUUCUCGUUUAGUGAAGCGGCCACUAAAGGUAUGCAGCCUCUGAGGGAGACUGUGUCCGAGUUUGAGAUGCUAGCCAGAGCAGUGUGGCCGCAGGAGGAGUACAUCGUGGAGUACUCGCUGGAGUACGGCUUCCUGCGCCUGUCCCAGAGCACCCGCCAGCGCCUCAGCAUCCCCGUCAUGGUGGUGACUUUGGAUCCUACCAGGGAUCAGUGCUUUGGGGACAGGUUCAGCCGCCUGUUGCUGGAUGAGUUCCUGGGAUAUGAUGACAUCCUGAUGUCAAGUGUCAAAGCUUUAGCUGAAAAUGAAGAAAACAAAGGUUUCCUCCGCAAUGUGGUGUCUGGGGAGCACUAUCGCUUUGUCAGCAUGUGGAUGGCCAGGACCUCCUAUCUGGCAGCCUUUGUCAUCAUGGUCAUAUUUACCCUGUCCGUUUCGAUGCUGUUGCGCUACUCGCACCAUCAGAUCUUUGUCUUCAUUGUCGACCUGCUGCAGAUGCUGGAGAUGAACAUGACGAUCGCGUUCCCUGCGGCUCCCCUCCUCACUGUGAUCCUGGCUCUAGUAGGGAUGGAGGCCAUUAUGUCCGAGUUCUUCAACGACACCACCACUGCCUUUUACAUCAUCCUCAUCGUGUGGCUGGCCGACCAGUACGAUGCCAUCUGCUGCCACACCAACACGAGCAAGAGGCAUUGGCUCAGGUUCUUCUAUCUGUACCACUUUGCCUUCUAUGCCUACCACUAUCGGUUCAACGGGCAGUACAGCAGCCUGGCUCUCGUCACCUCUUGGCUCUUCAUCCAGCACUCCAUGAUUUACUUCUUCCAUCACUACGAGCUGCCGGCCAUUCUCCAGCAGAUCCGGAUCCAGGAGAUGCUGCUGCAGAACCAGCAGGUGGGGCAGGGGACGCAGACCACGCUCCAAGACAACCUCAACAACAACACUACGGCUGCCCCCGUGGACGUGGGGAGCCGCCGGCCCCACUUGCCGGCCGGGCCCUCGGGGGAGAGCAGUGGCCCGGCCGCCCUGACCCCCGGCGAGGCCUCCAGCGUCAUCGCCGCUGCCACGGCAGCUUCUGUGGGCAGCGACCUCAACUGGGUGGCCGAGACGGCCGCCAUCGUCACGGAAGCCUCGUUCCUCUCCGACCUGAGCACUACCCUGCUGGAGCCCAACAUGGUGCACGAAGCCAUGGCCAACGGGAGCCCUCAGGAUGCUGCCGCCGCCUCCAGUUUGGUCGCCCGCAUCAGGGUCAGCAGCGACCACCCGGAGACGGCCAUGGGCUCCAUCACCAUUGAAGUCACCUCAACGUCUGUGGUGGCUGCAGCAGAUGUCCCUGCCGCAGAGGUGGCACCAGCUGCCCCCCUUGUCCCGCUGCAGGAGGAGGGGACCCCCGUCCCCAGCCCUUCCCGUCCUGGGCAGACUGAGGCCGUGGAGGGCUCGGAGAGCCGAGCGAGGCCCGGCAGCAAGGACUGCGUUGCAAACAGCAGCGCGGCAGAGACCCCUCCGGCUGCGGCGGGGGACACUGAUCAGGACAGAGGCUUGGGUUGUGCUCUGGGGGACCGGGGACAAAGCAGCCCCUGCCCAGCACCAGCGGAUAAUAGGCCGAGCUCCAAACCCUGCUCGGAGCCAGACUCCAGGAGCCUGUCUUGAGUCCUGUUACUGUAACUCUGGACUGCCAGGGGGGCGUUUGGAUUGUGUUUGUUACGAUUUCUCACUUCACCAUCAUCCUUAACCCAUGAAUUCCUCUUAGUGGAGGCAGAGCGCUGGGACAGAGAGAAGGGGCUGCACUCAGCUCCCCUGGGAAAAGCCCGUGUGUGUGUGAGCGGCCGCUGUGCCCGGGGCUGCGGGGACGGAGGGACGAGCCCUUCGCUCCUGCUGCCCCCUCUGGCCCCACGGCUGGCUCCCUGCCACGGCUUUUCCCUGCCCCUGGCUUUGCCCCCUGCCUUCCCAUUUUCAGCCCAGGUGCUGUUCACAAGCGUAAGCUGGUUUUGUGACAGAGCCACGCGUGUGUGUGACAGCUCUGGGUAGAGCCACGGCUGCGUGUGAACAGGGAGAGUGUUUUCAGACACCCUGGGGAGAGCCCCAGGGGCGAGACCUGGUGAACUUCCCUUCUCCUUAAGGGGAAGAGGAGCUCAAGACCUUCCCCAAACACUAGAUCUGCUCAGGCCAGGGCAAAGCUGGGCAAUAACCAAAGCAGAAGCUGCAGUUCAGCCCAAUUUUUUCUGUCCUUGAGCUUCCAUCCGUCGUGGGUUUGGGGGUAGAAGGUGCCAUGUCCCUGUUGGAGCUUCCAUCCCAGGAGGGGUGUGUGGGGCUGGGGUGGGCUCCUGCGUGGUGCUGUCGCUUCUGCGGCUGGUGACCUCUGCCAGGGCUUGGGGAACAUGGCCUCUCUUAGAUGUACGUGGGCAGCGUGGAGUGGGAGCUGCUGGCACAGGGUGUCGGUGUCUGCAGGGACUGAGCCGUGGUGUCGGUGUCUGCGGCGGCGUUUGGAUGAGGAGGACGCGGCUCUGUCCCUGCUCAGCUCUGCUUUCGGCGCCUGCUGCCGGGGGUGACGUAGUUUGCUUUUCAGUGCCUUGUCCCUCAAAGGGGACACGUUUGCAUUUAAGAUCAGCCCCAUCCCAGAGGAGAGAUCGGCUUUUCGCUGGCUGAACUGUUGCAUGAGGUGGUUUAGCAAAGAACCAAAACACUAAAGCCAAGACAUUUCAGCUGUUUUUCCCCCUCCCUCCCCUGGCAGCGGGGGUGAAGCUGGCUGUGCCCGACCCUUCUGCGCCACGGGUGGCAUGGGGCUGAGUUGGGGGGCUGGGACAGGGACCGGCUGCUGCCAGGGAUGCACUGGACCCCACGAGGACGUGGCUGGGAGCAGGGUUUGGGUUUGUAGGUGGAGCGGAGCGAGGCAGGAGUGUGUGGUGUCUGCAGGGCUGAGGGGAGCUCAGGAUGUGGAAGGGCAGCGCUGGGAGGUGACCUUGGGGAUGCUCUGCUCUCUGGGGGGAGCAGGUCCCUGUGGAAGUGUCCCCAGUUCAGCCCAGUCUCCCCCAGCUGGAGGGUCCCAUGUGCAUCUUGGUGUCUUCCACCAGGAAAGGGGGUCCUAUUGGCACCCUGGGGGCUUGGGGCCCUGGCUUCGCUUUCUCUGCAUUUCCCACCCAGGUGCCCCCCUCUUUUUUCUUUUCUUGUUGUCCGAAGGAGCCCUGGGUGUUGCUCGGGGGAGCUGUGACCAGCACCUCGGCUCCUCCUGUAGCCACCCGUCCUGGGAAGGGGCCUCGAUGGCCACUGGCUCCUGCCUCCGGUGGAUGUGCCAGAAGCUCAAG